CAAGCUCGCUCCGUCGCUUGUGAUUUCGAUUACUCUCCGAUAUUCUCUAUUUCCUUCUUCUUAUUGUCCUCGAUUCAAGUUUCAUUUUUGAUACUCCCUUUUGUCAACUCUCAGAGAUUCAAUCACUUUUAUUGCUUUCUCAUUUCGUGUGGAACUUCCGAUUUAUAUUCCGAUUUCCGGGCAGAAAUCGAGCCACUAGUUACUUUCUUUACAGGGUUUUUAUAGGGUUUUGUUCUGUUCAUUUGCCCUUUCUCCAUUCAUAAAUCUAAGAUUCAUUCACAUUUAUUCAGAAAAGUUUCGCACUUUCUUGUGGAACUUCCGAUUUGACUCCGCUUUCCGAGCAGAGAUCUAGCCGUUCGUUAACUUCACAGGUCUUUUCUUCUAGGGUUUUGUUCUGUUCCUGUGUGUUUGCUGUGUUUCCUCUGGUAAGACCAGAAUCCAAGUUGUAUGAUAUGGACAGAAUCAGUCAGCUGCCUGAUGAUUUGCUGGUGAAGAUGUUAUCGUUUGUUCCAACACAAGUUGCUGUGUCGACAAGCAUCUUGUCUAAGCGAUGGAACUGUCUUUGGAUGUGGUUGCCUAAUCUUGAUUACAGUAGUAGAUUUUGUUGUGGAGAAGGGUCUGCAGGACUUUGGGAAUUUAUUAACAAGAAUCUGCCAUUACAUAGAGCUCCGGUCAUAGAAAGCUUGCGUCUCGACCUCAUUAGUCGUAAUCCACUUUUUAAUCCUGAAGAUAUCAAACGGUGGGUUGAAAUCGCUGUUUCUCACAGUGUACGUGAGCUGAAUAUUACUUAUGAUUCAGAUAAUGGAAACAUAUUCCCGAGCAGCUUUUACACCUGCAAAUCGCUUGUGGUCCUGAAACUCAGAUAGUUGACUCUCGAGGAUGUUCCCUCAACGGUUUGUCUUCCCUCUCUGAAAACCUUGGAGCUUGAAAGUGUUGCAUACCCUAAUCAAGAAUCUCUUCAACGGCUUCUAUCAAUAUGUCCUGUUCUUGAAGAACUAUCGAUGCAUUAUGAUGGUGAACACGAUAUGUUCACUGUUAUUGUCCCGUCUUUACAGAGGUUAUCACUCUAUAUUGGUCAUGAUUUGGUUUUAGAAGGGUAUGUGAUAGACGCUCCUUCUUUGAAGUAUUUAAAACUUGAUGACCAGAAUAAUAUGGUACACUACUCUGAUAUUAAGAGUAUGCCAAAGUUGUAUGAAGCAUAUGUUGAUUUUUUCUCACAUGAUCUCAAGAGUUUUAUUGGAUCAGUCACAUCUGUCAAGCGUCUUACAAUAUGUUCACAGGAUGAUGUGUAUGGUGAUGGUUUAGUUUUUAACCAGCUUGAACAUCUGACGCUAUGUGUUUGCAAAAAUGAUUCGUUGAAACUCCUUGGCCAAUUUCUCAAAGAUUCUCCAAACUUACGAGUGUUAGACAUCGGUGUAAUAGAAGGUCAUUGGAUUGAUGAGUGUGGUGAGAUGGUUCGCUGGAAUCAACCGAGUCCUGUUCCUCAAUGCCUAUUGUCGAGUCUACAAAUUCUCAACUGGUCACGAUACUUUGGGAGACCACAAGAGAGAGACAUUGCGGUUUACAUUUUGAAGAACGUGUGCUUAAAGAAGGCAACAAUCUUGGCUGAUACAGUGGAAUAUCGUGUGUCAAACCUUGAGAUGAUUAAGGAGUUGACACUUUCUUCCCGAGCUUCAAGCACAUGCGAGCUCGUUUUUGUUGAGGAUGAUGCUGAUAGAGAAUCUGAAUCUGAAUGAUCGUAUAGAUUCACUAGGGAAUGUGAUUGGAGGAGAAAAAGCAGAUUCCGCAAGAAAUGUUAAGACUUGUUCUUAUGGAAACCCCAGUUUAUAGACUUGUUCGUAAGUUUGGAGGCGUUGAUUCUCAAAUGCAAAUGAUUCGUUUAGAGGAAAAAAGCGAUUCUUUCUCAAAGCUAAUUUGCAAUUAGAUUUUGUAAGCAAAGGUGUGAAGAAAGAAUCUU